CUUGUAUUAACUCAGUUAUCUAGCCAAACACCACUCUUUCUCUCCUCUCUCAGUUUCUUCAGUCAGUAUCUGUACUCUGAGAACUGAGACUGAGAACCCUUCACCUUCAAGGGGAUGGCGUUGACAACCCCACAAAUACAAAGAUUCCUUUUAAGUAAGUUCCACAGACGCUCCACCACUUCCAAAUCCAAAACCCCCCACACAAACAUAAACUCAAACACCUUCACCAUCACCAACACCAGAAGAAGAAGAAGAAGAAGCCGGUGCUUCUCUGCCAUAGCCAUUGAUGCCCCUUCUUCUUUGACGGACUCUCCUCCUAUAAGAUGGGGAUCCGUAUCUUUGCAAGGCCCCCGCGAAGAAAUGGAAGAUGAUAUUGUUCUUCGACCCAAUACUCUUCAAGGUUUCUCUUUCGCUGCUGUCUUUGAUGGCCAUGGAGGGUUUUCUUCUGUUCAGUUUCUUAGGGACGAGCUGUACAAGGAGUGCCUUGAAGCUCUACAGGGUGGGUUACUAUUGCUAGGAAAAGAUUUCAAAGCUGUUGAAGAAGCAUUAAAACAUGCAUUUAUUAAGGCUGACAUGAGGUUGUUAAAAUGGCUUGAAUUGAAUGGGGAGGAGGAUGAAUCAGGUGCUACAGCAACUGCUAUGUUCGUAGGAGAUAAUAAGCUACUAAUUUCACAUGUUGGUGACUCAUCUGUGGUUUUAUGCAGAUCUGGAAAACCAGAAUUACUGACUAGUCCGCACCGUCCCUAUGGGAGCAACAAGGCUUCUCUUCAAGAAAUCAAAAGAAUCAGAGAAGCAGGUGGAUGGAUUGUCAAUGGAAGGAUUUGUGGAGAUAUUUCAAUAUCUCGUGCAUUUGGGGACAUGCGAUUCAAAACAAAGAAGAAUGAGAUGCUACGAAAAGGAGCCCAGGAAGGAAGAUGGACGGAAAAGUUCAUUUCUCGUGUACAGUUCAACAAUGACUUGGUUGUUGCAUGCCCUGAUAUUUAUCAAGUAGCUCUUGGCUCAGAUGCAGAAUUCAUAGUGUUAGCAUCCGAUGGCUUAUGGGAUUACAUGAGCAGCUCAGAUGCAGUUACUUUUGUGAGGGAUCAACUACGACAACAUGGAAACACACAGCUAGCUUGUGAAUCCCUUGCACAAGUCGUUUUGGACCAACAACGUACACAGGAUAACGUCAGCAUUAUAAUUGCCGAUCUAGGGAAGACAGACUGGCAGAAUGUGCCACUGCAGCAACAAAAUGUCAUAUUAGAGCUAGUCCAAGCCAUUGCCACAAUUGGAAUUGUGUCUAUUGGAGUCUGGUUUUCAUCACAGCUAUCUUUAUAGAUUCAAAAACAUACCAGUCAUGUACAUAACCAGACACAUGCUUCUAAAUUUCCUGCCAGUAUAAUAUUAAUUGUACAUGUCACACAUCUUAGAAUCUAUUUGGUUUAGAAAAUAUCCUGGUAUUUUCUUUUACA